CCUAACUUCUUCAUUGCGAACUGUUCCGAAGUAUUCCAAAAUGUUUCACAUCAAUAAAAAGGUAACCUACAGAUAUAUUUAGUCCAUAUUUUUUUCGUUGAUAAAUUCAUGUCUUAGGACGCCACCGAACAAAUUUCGAAACAAAAACUCUUAAUGUUUCAGUUAUAUAAAUUUAUUUAUAUACUGAAAUGCAUUUACUCACAAACUGAAACAUCAAAAAGUUGAUCAGCGGCAAAGUUUUUUGCUAUUAUAGAUAGAUGGGGGAAGAAAGCGAGAAAGAUGUUCCAAAUGAAUUGAAUUUGUUUUUAAAAAAAGAAACAAUUCAAUUACUCCUACAGUUUCCGUGUCCAUAGCUGUUGAAGACGCGUCUUAUGAGUGCACGAGCGCGCGGUAAAAGACGUUCGCUCACAAACUGCCGGCCGGCGCAGUGUUAAUAAGUCACAGGAAGGUGUGUUUAGAUAAGUGGGGUUCAAUAUUUUAACCUGUAUAUCAUUAUUAAUAACAUUUUUAGGAUAAUAAUCAACUGAAUUUAUAUUCACAAACAAUGAUAUUAAUUUGACUUUUACAAAGACAUGCUAUCACUUUUCAGAAGUUCUACACCCACAAGAAAGAAUGGAGACCCAAGUAACGUAGGCGCAACAGGAUCUGAUGGAUCGAUAUUGUUGGAUAUGGACACUUGUCAAAUAAACGUUAUUGAAAGUGCAUAUACCGAGCCUAGUGCAGCAAACGAUUCUUUAGCGAGUCAGGAAGUUUCUCGUUAUUUGCUGCCAAGUUCUACACCCACAAGAAAGAAUGGAGACCCAAGUAACGUAGGCGCAACAGGAUCUGAUGGAUCGAUAUUGUUGGAUAUGGACACUUGUCAAAUAAACGUUAUUGAAAGUGCAUAUACCGAGCCUAGUGCAGCAAACGAUUCUUUAGCGAGUCAGGAAGUUUCUCGUUAUUUGCUGCCAAGUUCUACACCCACAAGAAAGAAUGGAGACCCAAGUAACGUAGCCGCAACAGGAUCUGAUGGAUCGAUAUUGUUGGAUAUGGACACUUGUCAAAUAAACGUUAUUGAAAGUGCAUAUACCGAGCCUAGUGCAGCAAACGAUCCUUCGCUUACACAUGAAGUUCCUCUUUCACCACUGCCAGAACUGUUGAUUGAAUCACGACAUGAAGUGGGGGACAAGGACAGCAACUUGAAUAACAUUGAAGGAAGGAGAAUUUGCGACAUACGUCAUGUCAUUACUAAAGCCAGACAGUUGGAGAAGCACAAUUUGGAAUGCAAAGCUCGCAUUAAAGGAUAUUUUACUUAUACAGGGGAAAAACGCAUCGGCUUGAGAAGUGUGUUACAUUUCAAGUGUACUUCCUGUGAUGCCAGGACAUCUAUUGAUACUGAUCCCAGUGACACAGUAAACACUGCAGCAACAUGGGGUACAGUAAUGAGUGGAAAAGGACAUGCAGUAAUAGAACAAUUAUUUUCUCUGAUGGAGAUUCCACCAGCAAGCAGCUCAACGUUCAUGAAAGAAGAACGGGAAAUCGGAAAAGUAAGUGCAUGUAAAAAAGGUAAUGCUAAGAAUAGAUUACAAGUUGUAUCUUGAACAUGUCUUGGACAUAUUCCAAGAUCUUGGUAAAACAUUACAGAGAUGCCAAUUUGAUGCUUUAGCAAUCAAAACACCCAUAUACCUCAAAUAUUUUGUUUUAAUUAAAUUAGGGUCUCGGUUUAAACAGUCAGGACUCUUGCUUACACCACCGUGAACUGAGUUCGACCUCCUACGAAAUCAACACAUAUUUUCGCAUACGUGAAUCGUGUAUGAUAAUCUUGCUGGCGGUUUUUUUUUUAGUGUGUUACCCAUGUUUCUAGGUAUUUCUUUCCUGUAUUGCUCCAUUUUGAGGGUUACAUUUCAUAGGAUUUAAUAUUUUAUAACACUUAAGUUUAUAAUAACGUUUAUCUGCAAAAGGGUAAAUCAGAAAGAACCCAUUUCCUAUGUAAGUAAUGCUGAAGAUGAAAUAUUCAAAUGAAUGACUCCAAACAAAGAAAUCGUAUCGUGUAUUAAUUAUAGCAGUUAUAUAUAAUAUAUAAGACAGUUCUUCUUAUUUGUACAAUACAUUUCAUGAACGUUACUUGUUAUUCACUUGUAUCAUAAAUAGUUUAUGUCAUGACAGAUGUAAAGGUGAUACUGCAUCUUAUUACAAUCAAGUUGUCUUUGCAUUACAACUCAUAGGGAAUUGCAAAACAAAUGAAUAAUGAAGGGACUUAAGAAUUUUUUUGUUUUAUUUUGUUACAAUUUAACAAAACAUAUACUGCUAGAAACAUGAACUUAUUUGUAAAGUACUAAAUGACAGUGCUACUACCGAUGUCACGCCUGACAUUUAAAUUCCGUAAAGAUAGAUGUAGAAUAAUUAAUUUGCUGUCAGUGAUUAACAAAUAUUUGUAACCUAUUAAAGUGGUUCAACAAUUGGCCGUUUUAUAUAUCUUAACUUAGUAUUUUGGCAUAUUUUUAUUAACAUAUUAUUUUCUUUAAACAGGUAUGGUUCGAAUCGUUGACAGAGGCUAUGGAACAAGCUGCAAAAGAAGAGCAUCUACAUGCCUUAGAAGAAGGUCACGUUGACGACGAUGGCAUACCUUACAUAACUGUUAUAGUAGAUGGAGGAUGGAGCCAUCGUUCGUACGGUCACAGCUACAAUGCUAAGUCAGGCGUAGCUAUAAUUAUAGGUAAAAAAACAGGUAAAAUGUUAUUUCUAGGAAUUCGGAACAAAUAUUGCAGUAUCUGCUCUUUUGAGUGAAAAAAGAAACGAACAACCUACCAAACACAUCUGCUACAAAAACUGGUCUAGUUGUUCAUCAGCCAUGGAGAGUGACAUACUAGUGGAAGGUUUCAAAGCCAGCGAAGAAACCCAUGGUCUACGGUAUUUUAAAUACAUCGGUGAUGGUGAUUCCUCUGUCCAAAAGUCUAUAGUAGAACGUGUGCCGUAUGGUUUGAAAGUUGUUAAAAUUGAGUGCACAAACCAUCUGCUAAAAAAUUUGUACAAACACUUACUGAAGCUCUCCAAAGAAAACUCUGGGAACAAGAAAAUUUUAACUCCAGCCAGAAUGAAGCACAUCCAAAAUAGAAUACGUCAUCUCAUAACCGAAGAAUCUCGGAAAGAUUGUCCAAGCGUCAGCUCUCUAAAGAAUGACAUACGAGCUACUAUAGAGCAUGUUUUUGGAAACCAUGGCAACUGCAGAAUUCAAAAUUGCCCAAAAGCCAACAUUACUUCCAUCACUGAUUUGGACACAGCGCCUGGUAACUUAGCGGCCAGAAUUAUUUCAAUUAUAGGAAAUCUGGCAGCAAAAAGUGACAGCCUUGUGGAAAAUUUGACGAGUAAUGCAGCAGAAACUUACAUGCAUCUUGCAGCAAGAUUUAAUGAUGGCAAACAGAGUUUCUUUGGCAGACGUGGUUCGUUCAAUACCAGGUGCUAUGGAGCUGGCCUUAGUUUUCAGCACGGUCCCGCGUGGCUCCACACAGUUUGGAAAAAGAAGGUAACCUUUGUGGCAUAGCUUUAUGUUUCAUUGUUUCAUUUAUGUACAAUACUUUUAACAGCAUGAGUUAAUAAUUUUAUGUUUUCAGGUUGGAAAAAGUCCAGGCCAAUGCGUAAAACGCCUAAUAAAAAAAAAACUAAACAAGAAGUCUUCAGCCAGGAAAUGUCUCAAGUUUCAUCCAAACAAGCAAAGUAUUGGGGAAGCUAACAGUAGUAUAUCCAAUCCUCAUUAUGGUGAAAACUGUCAGUUACCAGAUGUCCCAGCGGAGGAAAUGAAAAAUAUGAUAUCACGCCUGAAAAUGCAGCUAACAGUAAAUCGCCAGAGGAGAAAUGAAAUUGAAAUUCACACAAGAGGACAGCGCAACAAUGACAUGUGGUACAGGUAUGCGAAUAAUAGAAAAAUAUACAUCUACGUGCUGCGUUAAACAUCAUAUUUUUCAUGUUCUCAGUACAUUUCAUUUGCUGCCAAGAAAUAUAUGUUUAAAAAUUUCUAUUUUUAGUUCUGAAACUAUUGUACAGCAUAAGUAGAACCACGAUUAUUUCGCGGAUUCCUUUCUCUCCAUCGUAGACCUGAUAUGCCUAUACGUAAUCAAGCCAUUUUAGUGUGCUCAAUGGUCGACAGUACGUUUCCCAUGAUUUGACGAGUUGAACGUGAUUGGAUGAAGACUUCCUCACCUUGUUUGCUACUGGUUUAGCAUCGUCAAGGGCGGGUCGUCAGAACUUACAUCCAAUCAUCAACGCGAAGCUGAUGUUCAUCUACUUCCAGUUUACUUUGGCACUCAAGGAAUCCGCGAAAUAAUAAUGGCUCUAAGUAUAAGUGAGAUAAAAGAACAUCGUUAAACUUAGUAAUAAAAUAAUUUCUUUGAACAAAAUUCCUUGUUAAAAAAGGUUUCAAUUUUAACCAUGAAAAUGAAGGAAAAUGGGAAAUUUGGAUUAUCCUGCCAUUCAAAGCUUAUUUCGUUACGGUUGUAUCUAAAUUUACAUAAAAUUGUAGUAAAUGACAUGUAAGGACACAUUUAAGCUGGAACAAAAUAUAAUAUAGUGAAGCAGUUUCAUUGCUCAUUAUAUUUAAACAAGCAUUUUCCUAACCAUAUGUAUAUAACACGGCUAAUUAAGUGAUUUUGUUUUGGGAAGUGUAGGCUUGCGAAUUUAACGUUUCUUGUGUGGGUAUUUACAAAGCAUCAUAAAUGUGAUUUCACUGAUUACAUGUCAUUCAGUUAAUCACUUUUUUAUAAAAAUAUUUCUUUUGGUUAUCGUGUUUAUUUUUAAUUAGUUUAGGGAUACUGAAUAACAAAUUGACAUAGAAAUACACAUUAACAACGGAACUAGAAUCAACCAAAAAAAAAACAGAUAAUUUGUCUCCACACAAGUGAAUAGUAAUAUUGAUCGUAAGCAGAGGACACAUGUGACUGAUUAAGUGUGGAACGUUUUGCAAUUGGAAUUAGGCGUAUGUUGUAUAACGUGAAUAGUAAAGUUUGUUUUUUAGGGUUUAACAAAACCGCUGAAAGAACUCUGUGUGCAAUAAUCUAUCAACUUCUUAACACGUCAUUUUGUCGUGAACAAAAUAACAUUUCUUCUGAGCACAUUCAUGUCGGCUUUGAGACAGUCUGGAAAACAUUACUUUCUGGUAAUGCAGCGCUGCAACGAUUACUAGGUGUUUAUAGAUGAUAAAUGACGUCUGAAAGUAUGACUACGAUGGAAUACUCAUUUCAUCUUAGGUAAAGCCGUUUUAUAAAGUAGUACACGAUCUUCCAUUACAACAUCUUUAAUAUUUUCACUCUGGAGAAAUGGUACGGGUAUAAAGCAGGAAGCGUACUGCAAGAGAGAUUAAAAAUUAUUUUCCUCGAGAAAACGCGGUCACAAAAUUCUACUUUAAAUUUUCUGAUACAGCUAAAUUCGAUCAUAAACAAAUGACUCCUUUCAGUUGAUGUUGGGAUAAAGUAGCGCGAACGGCACACCAAACGCGAAGCGAAUAUUGUAGCAAACCAAUCAGAAGUAGACGCGACGCGACGCGACGCGACGGAGUUUCCGAUCAGACGAGAAUUCUAUUCGGUAAAUACGCGUCGCGUGUGUUGCGCCUUUCGCGCUAUUGUGAUUUCAGCAUGAAAUGUCACGGGUACGUCUGCAUUAUUUUCAA